CGGCAAGAUGCCUCAAUGCCUGCAGGGAUUUGUGGUUCUCGCAGUCCGCGUCACUCGGCCUUAGCCCACCCUAACCUCUUUUGUGGACGUGGCGCAGGUCGCCCGCGACACUCCUGCCGCUCAUUGGCCCCGCCCCUGGGUUCCUUGCGCGCACUCAUUGGUCAGUGGGCGUGGUUUCUGGGUGGCCGAGGCGGGGCCUGGCUGGACUGCCGCCCAAUUGGGCAUCUUUGGGAGACCUCGGAGCCAAGCGUGAAGGGCAGAGAGAAGCUGGAUAACAGGGAACCGACGAUGUGGCGCCCAUCACUCCUGUUGCUGCUGCUUCUGCAGCUGCUGCUGCGGCGCGGGGCCCAGGGGAAGCCAUCCCCGGACGCAGGUCCUCACAGCCAGGCCAGGGUGCACCAGGCAGCCCCUCUGAGCGAAGCCCCACACGACGACGCCCACGGGAACUUCCAGUACGACCACGAGGCCUUCCUAGGACAGGAAGUGGCCAAGGAAUUCGACCAGCUCACCCCAGAGGAAAGCCAGGCCCGCCUCGGGCGCAUCGUGGACCGUAUGGACCGCGCUGGGGACGGUGACGGCUGGGUGUCGCUGACCGAGCUUCGCUCGUGGAUCGCGCACACGCAGCAGCGCCACAUACAGGACUCGGUGAGCUCGGCCUGGGACACGUACGACACGGACCGCGACGGGCGCGUGGGUUGGGAGGAGCUGCGCAACGCCACCUACGGUCACUACGCUGCUGGGGAGGAAUUCCACGACGUGGAGGACGCCGAGACCUAUAAAAAGAUGCUAGCUAGGGAUGAGCGGCGUUUCCGGGUGGCUGACCAAGACGGUGACUCGAUGGCCACAAGGGAGGAACUGACAGCCUUCCUGCAUCCUGAGGAGUUCCCACACAUGCGGGACAUUGUGAUCGCUGAAACCCUGGAGGACCUGGACAAGGACAAGGACGGCUACGUGCAGGUGGAAGAGUACAUCGCGGACCUGUACUCUGCAGAGCCGGGGGAGGAGGAGCCAGCCUGGGUGCAGACCGAGCGGCAGCAGUUCCGGGACUUCCGAGACCUCAACAAGGACGGACGGCUGGAUGGCAGCGAGGUUGGCUACUGGGUGCUGCCGCCAUCGCAGGACCAGCCCCUGGUGGAGGCCAACCACCUCCUGCAGGAGAGCGACAAGGACAAGGAUGGGCGGCUGAGCAAGGCUGAGAUCCUGGGGAAUUGGAACAUGUUCGUGGGCAGCCAGGCCACCAACUAUGGGGAGGACCUGACACGACACCAUGAUGAGCUCUGAGCCCCACGUGACUACAGGGACACAGCUCGAGGCCCGGCUCUCAGGGACCUCCUGACUCAGCCUCCCCUGGGCACCCAGUCCAGCUCUGCCCAUCCUGGGCCCCUCAGAGCCCUCUGUGUGGGUGACACCAUCCUCACGGCAGGGUUUCCUGCCCAGACCGGGACUGGCACCCCAGCUCAGCCUUCUGGAUCCCCCAUCAACUGCACCCCAAGUCUGAGCCAUCACCACAGAGACCCAGAAACUCGACACCAGCCCUGGGCCUCUCUUCUGCCAGGGCAACAAUAAAAUCCAGUGCUGGGG